AUGAAUUUUUUUUAUUAGAAAUUAAAAUUCGAGAACUUCAACAGGUCGCGUUUUCUUCGUAGUAUUAGAAGACGCUUCGCUUCGGCGCAGCCGCGUCUUUUUCAUUUAUCGACUGUUACCUGUCAUUGCUCGACGACAGGAUUUCGACCUUCGCCCUCGGCACUCGAUAGCACUAAACGGCAUUCGAAACCUGCGCACUUGCAGCCUCAGCAUGAGGCUCUGUCAAUUUAGCGCGCGCACCCCUUAGAAAACACAAACCGCUGCGUAGAUCAUGAAGGCGCGCGCGCGCGCUUCCACUCCCCAGCUAUCUUGACCUGAUCUUCGCUCAGGUCAACACGCGAAUCAUCGGGAGGUGCGAGUAUGCACAUCGAGCAGUAGAUGCUCUUUCCGCACUCAUUUUGCGAAGGAAGGUAUUCGGACGAUUGUUUUGCGCCCAAACGUGUCGCUCCUUCUCCAAGUGCGAAGAGAGAUGAAUUUGGACGUUUGGAAAACGCUCGUUAAAAGAGAGUGCAGGAGAAUUCUGUGAUUAAUCCUAGAAACAGCUAUGAAGAUAAUUGGCUAUUCUCCAAGAAGAAUGUUUUGUGUUUUAAGGCACGAUGGAAGGAUUGCACGCGUGACACUUCCAAGUUGGAUGCUGUAAAUUCGCUAACUGUCAUCAAUCGUCAUCAUCGUACUUAUCGAGAAGAAGACGGAUUUCAACAGAAAACACCAGCGUGAAUUUACGGCGUUUAUAGAAACAAUGGAGAUUGCGUCGAUAAAUUUCGCGCUAGACAGCGCGUGAAUCUCGCGCGAUUUGAGAACGGAUCGGUGGGUCAAGGUGUUACAAUUGAGAUUGACUGAUGAAAGACAAUAUCCUACUCUCUCUGCUGUCUCCCUCCCACGGAUACCAUUCUCUCGAGCGGACAGAAGGACGAGUUAUGGAGAAGGGGGUGGAUAUGGUAACUAUGAACUCCGAAAAAUCGGCUUGCCGCCGAAAACCAGUGGAGAAAAGCAGCAGCAGCAGUAGUAGCGGCAAAAAGACGUCCGAACAUGUUGAAGAAGCGGAUAAAAAAAACGACGACGUUCGUACGAACGAGUCUCCAGAUUUAUCCCCCAACACCCCCACAUACAACGUCACUGCCUCUUGCGCCGAAGACACCCCUAAUUACCUUGUCUACAAGAAGAUGGAAUCGAUUGUGGAAAAAAUGUUAGAUGAAUUUACUGGUGUUCCUGUAAAAACAGUGAAGACUUUUAUGACAAAGACGCCUUCUGUUUUCACAGGCGCAGAUCUUAUAGUAUGGAUGAUGAAGAAUAUGGAUAUAGAUGAUCAAGAAGCUCUUCAUGUGGCUCAUCUUAUGGCAUCACAUGGUUAUUUCUUUCCUAUCGACGACCACUGCCUUACCGUAAAAAAUGAUAACACAUUCUACAGGUUUCAAACGCCCUAUUUUUGGCCAUCAAAUUGUUGGGAACCUGAAAACACUGAUUAUGCUGUCUAUUUAUGCAAAAGGACGAUGCAGAACAAAACGCGAUUGGAAUUGGCGGAUUAUGAAGCGGAGAAUUUGGCUAGAUUACAAAAGAUGUUUUCGCGAAAAUGGGAAUUUAUUUUUAUGCAGGCAGAAGCGCAGAGCAAAGUUGACAAGAAAAGAGACAAAUUAGAAAGAAAGGUCUUAGAUAGUCAAGAGAGAGCUUUUUGGGAUGUACAUCGGCCAAUGCCUGGAUGCGUAAAUACUACGGAACUGGAUAUUAAGAAGGCUUGUCGCAGUUAUAAAUCUGUCAUACAACCAAGUAAGCAUUUGCAACUGGGCGUUGCAGGAGGUAAAAUAUCGCCGUCUCCGGAAUCGAAUGCGACCUCAUCGAUAGAAUUUUUGCAGAAACAGAUCGAGACCCUGAAAGAUAGACUGGAUAGAACGGUCAUUAAAGUUUCGAAAGUUGCAGAAGCUUUGAUUGGAUACUUUGAGCAGUACAUGGAAUAUGAUCCCUUCCUCACCCAACCCGAGUUAACAAAUCCAUGGGUAUCCGAUAGUCCGGAAAUGUGGGAACAGGAGAAAUUAGCGAAAGAAAUAUCUACAAGAAGAGUUAAGAGAUGGGCGUUCAGUCUUCAAGAACUUUUGCAGGAUCCUGUCGGUAGAGAACAAUUUAUACGCUUUUUAGAUAAGGAAUUUAGCGGCGAGAAUCUCAAAUUUUGGGAAACCGUUCAGGAAUUGAAAACUUUACCGCAGAAAGAUGUCCAGACUAAAGUCGAAGAAAUAUGGCGCGAAUUUUUGGACACGGACGCCAGUUGUCCGAUCAAUGUCGAUUCUCGGUCUUACGAAAUAACGAAAAAGAAUCUCGAAAAACCGGACCAAUGGUGUUUCGACGUUGCUGCGGCACAUGUAUAUCAUCUGAUGAAGAGUGAUAGUUACUCGAGAUAUUUACGUUCGGAAAUGUACAAAGAUUUUCUUAAUGGAUCCAAAAAAAAGACUUCCGUGAAAGGUAUUCGUUCCAUCGUUUCCUUCACAGGACGAAGAGAUACUACAGUUUCAUAAUCUGCCAAUGUUUUUUACAUUUGUUACAUAAUUUUGCAUCUCUACUUGACAAUUCAUUUUUUCUUUCUCUCCGUCAAACAUUGCACAAAACUGACAAAGGAAUUUUGAGCAUUGACAUCUUCCAUAGAAGGCUGUUUUUAUCUGGAAUUAUUUUCAACUAUUAUUUUUAUUCCAAUACUUUUCAAUUAAUCUAAAUUAUAUGAAUUAAAAUCAUUCACCGAAAUACACAAGCGAUAUUCGGAAAGUGAAAAUGUGUUUUGUUGUUGAAAAAGGAAAACAUACUUUAAAAGAAUUUAAUUUUAUUAAAAAUUAGCAUAUGUCUUAUAUUAUUUCCUUAUACUGAUACUCGCUAUUUAACGGAAGUUACAUCAUCCCCAAAUAUAUUCAGCAUUCGAUUAGUUUUCUGUUGAAAUUUUCAAUUGCUUAUUAUUUCAGGAACGCUGUGAUGGAACAAAUUAUAAUGUAAAAAAGGAUUUGUUAGAUGCAAUACAUGGAUGUAUGGAUCUGGAUAUUAUAUUAAAUAAAGGAUGUCUAGAAUCCAUAGAACGAAGAAUGUUUUCAGAUUUCAAAUUAUAUUUAAGAGUUUUAAAGUUCCAUUAAUGAUGUCUUUGCCACAGAUAAGAUCUUCAUGAAAGAGAGGAAGAGAAAAUAUUUCAGUCUAUCUAUUUAGGUAUUAAACCACAUAUAUAAGUUAUGUUAUGGCCCCACAUAGUCUAUAACUACAUUAAUUAUGAUUGCAUUACAUUGUUAGGUAUAUAUCUCAACUACUCAACAUUUAGCAUAAUCGAAUAUUUAUAUGAUUUAUAAUUGACGAAUGUCUGACUAAGUAUUAAUGCGGUUUGAACCACUAGAAACUUUUCUGAUCGCUUUGGCACGAAGUUAUCUAACGGAAAAUUCUUACGACAUAUAUGUGUUCUUAUCUAUGCUAACUCCUGACAUGUUUUGUAUCUCUUCAUUAUAAAGUAAAUUUAAGGUAAAUUAAAAUAGAUAAAAUAGAUCUGUCAAUGACAUUAUUUUGUUACUGGCAGUACACUUAUUUUCAAUAAUAGUAAACUUAUGUAAGGCUAUGAAUGAUCAAAUCACAAUUGUGACUUGAUGUAUAUGUAGAAGAGGCUUGUAGAAA